GCCGUAGUUCCCGGCGGCCCUCGCGGCAGGCUUCGGGCGUCAGGCAGUUCGUGAUGGCCGCGGCCGGCUCCGCUGCUGUGUCAGGGGCAGGGACCCCAGUGGCGGGGCUCACGGGCCGCGACCUCUUUGCCGAGGGGCUCCUGGAGUUCCUGAGACCCGCUGUGCAGCAGCUCGACUCUCACGUGCACGCGGUCAGAGAAAGCCAGGUAGAGCUCCGGGAACAAAUUGACAACCUAGCUACAGAACUUUGCCGGAUCAACGAGGAUCAGAAGGUGGCCCUGGAUCUGGACCCCUAUGUUAAGAAGCUGCUUAAUGCCAGGCGACGAGUUGUUUUGGUUAACAAUAUUUUACAGAAUGCCCAGGAACGGCUAAGGCGGCUAAAUCACAGUGUUGCCAAGGAAACAGCUCGAAGGAGAGCAAUGCUGGAUUCAGGAGUUUACCCUCCUGGUUCUCCAAGCAAAUAAGCUGGGCCUAUGACCUGUGUGUACAAGUACUGUUCUCCAGCUGCCUUGCUUUGGUAGACAUGCGAAGAUUCCAGGAAGCAGUUUCUGUAGACCUUUGGUUUGUUUGAACUGUGUACUUACUUAUUCGUGUAGCAGCCUCAAGAAACAAACUGCAGGACUAUUGCCUAGAGAACCUCCAUUAUAGCUUGCAUUUCCAAUAAGCCUCUACUUUAUAGAUUUUGUCUCUUGAGACAAAGUCUCAAUAUGUAGCCCAGGCUGGCCUCAAACAGGAGGUUGUCUUGCCUUUGCCUCCUUAAUGCUGGGAUUAUAGGCAUGUGCCAGGGUUCCUGGCUCAAGACUCUACAUUUUCCCACAGAGAAUGUUAAGUAGGUUUGGCAUCAUGUAGAAAAUUCAUAACACACCAGAGAUUUAUGCAGAAAGUAUACUUCCACUCCUCCCUCUGAGCUUUACCAGGUCCAUUCAUGGUUACGGCCUUUCCUGAUUCGUCUUUUCAUAUAUCCUAUAUGUUUGGGUUUGUUACUGCCCUAGGAGAGCAUAACAAAAGACAUGAGGAUCCAAGGGUCAAGGGCAGAGAGCCUUGACAGCGGAGAGUCCAUAAGCUCUUGUGAAGGGCUGGAGGGAUGGCUCAGUCAUUUAAGAGCACUGGCUGCUCUUCCAGAUGAUGGAGUUCAGUUCCCAGCACCCACAUGGUAACUCAGCAAUCUAGAACUCUGGUUCCAGAGGACUCACUGCCCUCUUCUGGCUAUUUUGGGCACAGUGCACACAUAAGAUGCAUAGACAGACAAAAUAUAUUUGCAUAAGAUAAAAAACUAAAAGAAAGCUAAAUAUUGUGAUUCCAUCCUUUCCAGGCCUAGUUAACCAGUUUUGACCUUCCUGUUACUGUCUUCUUACUUGGAUCCAGGCAGGGUUUCCUUGACCUGUGGCUUUGCUUUGUUUACAAUUGAGGACUUAGGCAAAGUCAAGGUAAUAUCAAUCCUCUUGACUACCCUGGCUUGAACAUGUUAAUAGUAUUGUUCACCACUAUUAAAUAAAUGCUUGUAUAAAUUUAAACAAACAAA